AUGGCGGGAGAUAAAGUCAAAGACAUGCACGUUGCUAUCGUCGGCCUUGCUCUGGCGAUGGGACUACACAAGCAGGGCGUACCAUUUACGGUCUAUGAAGAGGAAGCUCAAUAUUCCACUGUCGGGGCCGGCAUAGGGUUCGGAACCAAUGGUGACUUGGCUUUGGAUAUGAUUGAAGAGGGCUUUCUUUCGAAAUUUGAGCGCUUCUGUAUGGGUAAUAAGCCUGAAGAUGCUCAGAAUAUCUUUUUUGAAGGGAUGCUUCUAAAGGAGGGUCUUGGUCUCAAAGAGCCCUGGUACGGCAAAUCAUCAUGGGGUCACCCGGACUAUGUUCGCAGAGCUGCGCACCGCAAUGAUGUUCUCCAAACAAUGACCAGUUUCAUACCAAUUGAAAAAGUCCGCUUCAGCAAGCGCCUAGCAAAUAUCCAACAGCAUCCAAACAAAGUCACCCUAACCUUCGCAGACGGCGACACCGCCGAGGCCAGUAUCCUAGUCGGCGCAGAUGGCAUCAAGAGCGUUGUGAGAGAGCACGUGCUAUCACCACUGUACCCCAGCCAGGUCAAUCCAGUCUACGCCGGCUCGUAUUGCUACCGCGGCGUGAUACCCAUUGCCAAAGGCAAGGAGAUCUUCGGCGACCUGACGGACGUGGCGAAGAUGUACCUGGGUGAGAAACGCUGUUGUGUUCAUUACCUGAUAUCGGGCGGAGAGGAACUCAACUUCCUCCUCUGUGUAGCAGACGACAAACCCUGGGCUCUUCCCAAUGCCGUAACCCAGAAAGUAACCUACGAAACAAUGAUGUCCGACUUCAACGACCCAAGCAUCGACAACCGCUUCCGCCGACUCCUCCGCAAAGCGAAACCCAUCCGAUGGGGUCUGUUUCACCACCGCUACACAUCAACGUAUUACCGUGAUCGCGUCGUGCUGUUAGGCGAUAGUGCGCACGCUUCGCUGCCUUUCCAGGCUGCCGGUGCCGGUCAGGGGCUGGAAGACGCGUUAGUACUCUCUAACGUGAUCGCUAAGAUCUGUCGAAAUGUUCCGGGCAGUGAUCUUUUGCAUCCGUAUAUCCAGGCCGGGUUUGCGGGGUAUGAUCAGGUCAGGAGGCCUAGGGCUCAGAAGCAGCUGGAGCGGGCGCAUGAGAUGGCGACGAUGCUUUAUUAUGAGCAUCCUGAGACGGGGAAGGAUAUUUAUAAAAUGUUGGGGAAGUUGCAGGCGGGGUGGUUUGAGUGGUUGUGGUUUCGUGAUUUGGGGAGGGAUGUAGAGGAGGCGGGGAGGGGGGUGGAUGAGAUUUUGGGGAGGGUUGGAGGUCGGUGUAAGAUUUAG